AUGAGUACAUUGAAGAACCUCAAAUGGGGAUUUUUACCAACUAGAAGGAUAGUGGAUGAAUUUCCAAUCAUCGACCCAAUAGUGCAAGUUCACGCAACUAAGAGCAAUGACUCAACUGAAAAAGAUGAUACCAAAGCAUUAGAAAAAUCUGACAAAGAAAGUAGUAAGGACGAAGUUGAAUCUUCCGAUGAGGUUCUCGAAUACAGAGAUGAAAAAAAUCGUCCAUGGUGGAAAUUCUUUGACGAAUAUGAAUACAGAAUAACAAAGAAGUCGAAGAAUAAGCAAAAGUGGUUCAAAUGGUUUCAUGAAGACGAUACCCCAGAAGAAAGAAGACUUAUCUUAAAGUUGGAUAUCAUCUUGGCAUUCUAUUCCCUUGCUGCUUACUGGGUAAAAUACUUGGACCAGACAAAUUUGAACAACGCAUACACUGCUGGUUUACAAGAGGGUAUUGGUAUGAAAGGUAACGAUUUGGUCAAUACGCAAGUCCUUUUCACUGUAGGUAACAUAGUCUUCCAAUUGCCGUUUAUGUACCUUUUGUGGGGUGCUCCACUUAACUAUAUUUUACCUUCCUUGGACAUUAUUUGGUCCAUUAUCACUAUUUGUGUUUCCCAGGUAAAUACCGUGCCUCAAUUGAAGGCAUUGAGAUUCCUUAUUGGGUGCCUUGAGUCUCCGCUGUACUUCUCAUACCAGUUCUUAUUCGGUUCUUGGUAUAAGCUGUACGAAUGCUCAAGACGUUCUAUGAUUUUCUAUUUGGGUCAAUAUUUGGGUUUAUUGACAUCUUCCUUAUUAUCUGGGUCGAUUGUCGCUCAUUUGAAAAGUGGAAUGGCGCCUUGGAGAUGGAUUUUCAUCAUUGAUGGAAUUAUUUCUAUUGUUGUUGGUAUAAUUGGAUUCUACGCAAUUCCAGGUACUCCUAAGGAUUGUUACUCUAUUUUCUUAUCUGAUGAUGAAAUUAGACUUGCUAGAAAAAGAUUAGAAACCAACGAAACUGGCUCAAGACCUGAUACAGGUACUGGACCUAACGCAAAUCCAUUGUAUAACUCAUUCUUGGACUUGCAGUUAUGGAAACAAAUUUUAACUAGUUGGGAAAUUUACGUUUUAAUUCUUUUCAACGUCUUCUGUUGGAACAAUAAUAACGGAACUUCAGGUGCUUACCUUUUAUGGUUGAAAGCAGAAGGUUUCGGCCCAGCCAGACGUCAAGAUUUGGGAGCUUUGACUCCAGGGUUAGGAUUGCUCUGGUUGUUUUUAACCUGUACCUAUGCCGAUUUGUUUAAAUCCCGUUGGCUGGCAAUCAUCAUUUCACAAUUGUUUAAUAUAACUGGUAACGUUCUCUUGGCAGUAUGGGAUGUUCCAAAGGGAGCCAAAUGGUUUGCCUGGUGUUUGCAGUACUUCGGUUGGGCAAUGGCUCCAGUAUUAUACUCUUGGCAGAACGAUAUUUGCAGAAAGGACGUGAGAAAGAGAUCGGUGAUUUUAGUAGUGAUGAAUAUCUUGGCCCAAACUUCCACUGCAUUUAUUUCAGUCUUGGUGUGGAAAACUGUUGAAGCUCCAGAAUAUUUCAAGGGUUUUACAUUCACCGCAUCUAGUGCCUUAGCUCUUUCGGUAUGGACCUUUGUCGUCUUGUGGUACUACAAGAGAGAUGAAAAAAAAUCAGCUUCUGAAAGAGGAAUAAUUAUUUAUGAUUCAUCAGUAGAAGAACUUGACCCUAGCAAAAAGAAUGCUGUAGAUAGCAAGCAGGAAGUGGAAGAUAUCUAG